AGCGGAGCAGAGCGAGGCGGCGAGCUUCACAGGCAGACAAAAAAAAGUGUCAAUGAGGGAUCGGCCUCUUCUCCUGACGAAGAGCCAGAGCAAAACUACAAACAUCUCAUGCCGACGAUGAAAAUAUGGCAGCUGGAAAAGCAAAGUCCCUCCGUCGUGUUGGCAGUCUAAUGCGGAGUAAAUCUGAGGGGACGCUGAUUGACCUGGCUGACAGUACCUCAACAAGCGACAACCUGAAUGGUGGGUAUGUGACACAAAUCACACAGAACUGCGAGUGGCCACUUUUACAGCCAGAAGUCGCUCAUCCAUCACAGACAAAAAAUCCCUUUUGGAACAAACUAUCGGGAUCAAACCCUUUCUUAGAUGACAUUGUAUACAGCAGCACAGACAAACACAUUUCCAACACAUCAAAUGUAAAACGAGACAAUGAAAAACAUCCGGACACAAAUAACGAUGAUGCCAUCAGCACAUCUUCAGAUGAAGGCAACGUGGGGAACUUUUUGGAAAACAAAAUCAAAGUCACCAACAGAUCUGGGAGAUGGAGGAGUGCAUCAGACAUUCUGGAUGGUCUCGAGAGAAAAGUGCCAAAACGGGAGGACAGCUUCAAACCGCCCAGGCCAGUGCUCAACCCAGAUUUUGAGUGGCUAAAGAACGACAGAGAGGCCUAUAAGAUGGCCUGGCUGAGCCACAGGCAGCUAACCCGCUCAUGCCUGGACUUAAAUCUGAUGAGCCAGAGCCCUGGAUGGGCUCAGACCCAGGCCACUGGCUUUCAGGUUAUCUGCAGGAUCGGCCACACUGGAGGCUCGGUACAGCUACCAGACUCAGAAGUUAGCAUCCAUAUCCCGGAAGGCCAUGUUCCUCCUGGAGGAGUCCAGGAAGUUACACUGAAAAGAAUGCUAGAUCCUCCUCCUGGACUCAAUAACAACUACAUCACCACCAUGAGUCCGCUUCUAGAGGUGGUCCUCAGCAACAUCAACACAAAGGAGUGUAUCUCUCUGGAGAUGAAACUGUCCGGAGAGGUGAAGAGUGACCCGUUAAGUCAGGUGAUGACCACUGUGGUCGGGAUGGUGUCCAGCAAAAGAGAGGGACCUUAUCUAAAAGUGGACGACUGUUACAUUUACAAGAACAUAAUGCAGAUGAAGCUCCAGGACCUGAAGACACAUUUUUAUGUGAUUGCAGUCGCGGAGGCCUCUGCAAUCCAGCCCCCUGCAACAUCAGUAUGGGAUUACCUUGACCGCCAAAUCACUGUAGCAGUUUAUGGUCCCAGGUACAUCCAUCCAUCAUUCAAGGUUGUAAUAGUGGUUUGCUGUCAUAGGGACGUUCCACCAAAGCUUCCGUUUUCGGAUAUAUGUAGAGGCAGCAAAAACCUGCCUCCACUUGUGCUGCAGCUUUGGGGAAAACAUCGGUUUAAACCAGACAAGCUGAAUGACCUUCAUGUUAGACUUAGCAUCACAAGCUCAGUGUUUAAAGUCAAACCUGAGGACAAACUGAAAGAAGUGAGGCAAAGUCAGCUCAAAAUAGGAACAGUUUUGCAUCUGCCAGUUGCAUUAUAUUGUGCUGGUAAUACAGAAAUGACUCCCUUUAAAUUAGAUCUACAAGUGAAGGAAUCAAACACUACGACUGCUGCCCAUUUCCAGGUGCCGUCCCCUCCUGCAGCACCCAUUCGAUCAGAAAAGCGAGCGCCAAGGCAGAUAGAAAGGCGGACUGAAAUGGCAAGAACCUCACCCAUUCCUGAGGAAAGUGCUCAAGAUUUCCCCAAAUUUGAAGACAAACCCGUGAACCUACAGUGGUAUGGUGUGGCGCUAAAGUCAGUUCUCCGUCAGCCCCGUGUAGACUACCUUCUGGAGUACUUCAAGGGAGACACAGUGGCUUUCCUCUCCAGAGAGACCGUUAGGUCAGUGGGCAAUUCAAAGGUAAAGGAGUGGUAUAUCGGAUUUCUGCGAGGUAGGACUGGUUUGGUUCACUGCAAAAACGUCAAGCUCAUAACCAGAGACCAGGUGAUUGAUUUCACCGGCAUUCAAAUCACCACAGAGGUCCUCUUGGACAAUAUGACGCUGCCGUUCAAGAAGCUUACUUACAUGUACUCUGCCAUCCAGACGCUGGUCACUGAGCACGUAACCAACUGGAGAGGUUUUGCAGAUGCUUUAGGGUACAGCAACCUGUCGCUGGACACCAUUACACGGAGGCAGGCUGAAACUCAGGCUGAUAAGGUGGCCUGUGUUUUGGAAAAGCUGAAAGAAGACUGUCACACUGAGAAGAGCAGGAAAAAGUUUCUGCAUGAACUCAUGGUGGGCCUGCUCAAGAUGGACUCUGUGAAUCUAGUGGCCCAGCUGAUUCAGAACACGGUCAUCCUGUCCACUGCUGUGGAGCUCGGGGUUCGAUGGCGGGAGCUCGCUGAGAAGAUGGGAAAACUCUCCAGUGCUCAGAUAGCCGGCUAUGACGCGCCACACCGUGGGAGGAGUGGAGAAGUCGGUCCCCAGUCAAUGUGGAAGCCUGCCUAUGACUUCCUGUACUCCUGGAGUCUGCGUUAUGGAGACAGUUACAGGGACAUGAUCCAAGAUCUGCACCUGGUCCUGGACAAAAUGAAAAACCCUGCCACCAGACAGUGGAGGCAGCUGACUGGUGCACUCAUCACAGCAAACUGUCUGGAUCUCUUUCGAGCCUCUGCAUACCCAAAAAGCUAAACCUUUUUCAAAUGCACUCUAGUGAUGAUGUCAACCUCCACGCACUUGGGAAAAACAGAGACAGAGAGCUUUUGUUACAUUGCAAUAAGGUUUUUGUUAUAGAUGUUACUUUACUCUUUCUAUAAUUUCAUACUUUUUUUUUGUUUUUUUGACAAAGCAGUAGAAACGACUUUGUUGAAAUUCAGUUAGGUACUUGCACUAUAUAUCUACAUCUCACUUGGUGAGUUUUCAGUAUGUUCUCACAAUUAUUGAACUGUGAAACUGCAAACAGAAGAAAAUGAAGUUUAGUUUCUCACUUUUAUCUACAUGUCUAUGCCAAUGUAAUAGAAACUUAAAGUAAAAUUUCAUUUUGGUAGAUCAUUUUCAGUUUUGGAAAAUGCUAACCUGCUUAAACUUAAAUCUAAAGUAGUUAGGAAAUGACACCCUGGGUAUCAGUAAUCUCAACCAUUAUGAUGAAAUGUGUUCAGUUUUUUAUUUCUUUAUUUCUUUACAUUUAAAAAGUAGAUCAUUAUUAAUUCAGAUACUUUUCCAUUUUUUUAAAUCAUAUACUCAGUACAUUAUGUGUUUCUGCAAAUCCAUGUUACCCAAAUCCAUAUUACGUUGACUCUAAUGUUCUUUUUCUAUCGGAUUAUUUAAGUAUCUAAUUAGAUUUGUUAUACAAGAAUGCUCUGACUUCUGCAGUGCCUAUGAGCCUUUUCAAGUUUCUUUACAUGAUUUCACAUACACAUUUCUUCAUCAUUUAGCUACUCAGAUGUAGACAACAGAAUGUACAUACAGACUAUAGUCAGUUCCUUUUUAUCAGGAUCCACAUCACCAUUAUAGAGCUUAAUAUGUUAGUAUGAGCGGGAGCUGCAAGUUCUAGUUUUUCUGCGCCAUUCUGUAAGCAGGGGAAUGAGUCAGAAAACCAAUAAAUGUGAACACCGUUGCUGACUAACAACCUCAAGGGUUUCAUUACAUUAACUGAUAUUUACUGUAGAUUUGUGGAAAAUGAGAAUGUUCUUCCAAAGUGAAUGCCUUUUAAGUUUCCUGAUGCCAGUAAACAAAUCUAUAAAGAUGCUAUUUUACAGUCCGUGUCAUAAACUAUUGUCUGUAUUUUUAGUGUAUUUGCUAUUUUUACACAGUGUAAUGUUUUAGAUGUGUACAAAGCAGAUAAUUUCAUGAGGUGUACAAUGUAACCAUCGUUUUGGCAUCGUGGUUCUAUUGCCAAAUGGAAAGCUCAGUGUUUAGAGUGGUGCCAUGUAGAGUACACUCUGCCUUCAGUCACUGAAAUUCUAGACUAGACGAUCAAUGUUUUUGAUACUGAAAUGGAGAUGUAUUGCAUGAGAUAUGAAUAAAUAUUAACUACAGUAAGCUACCCGAUCUGUUUGCCUUUUAAUAAAGUUGUUAUUCAGUAAAGAGGCUACUAAAAAUAACAAACAGCUAAUCCAACUGAGUGCUGUCUCUCAAUAAAAUCUGUGUGCAGGCCAAUCACAAAAACUGCUAUACAUGUUAUUUAAAUCAUAUUUUAAUACAUAAGAACUUGUUUGACAUUUGUAAUUUUUCUGUUUUAGCAGUGUCGAAUCACACCGUCGAAACAAAUAUCUUUUCCCUGAAGUGGUUCCAUUGAUUUUUUCUGACUGUUUACUUUUCCCUACACUGUUUGUUUAAGCUGGUUUCAGCCGAGAGCAUUGUGUGCUGGUUCUCAAUCAAACAGAGAGCACAGAAUGCUGA